CCCAAACACCCUCUCUCGGCGCGUUAAAAAGCUAAUAACAACAUUAAAGAGAGGAGCUCGUGCCUUUCUCCGCGAGGCAGACGCUGGGAGGCAGCGAGUGCGAAAGUCCACAUUUUGCUUCUUGUUUCUCGACGCCCUCCUCGUGGUCCUGCCCUCAACACGGUGAGCUGAAUUCUGAUUGGAGGAAUGGAGCGCCAGUCUGCCCUGCACCAGUGAUCAGGCCAGGAGACUCCGGUGGCGACAUCCUGUGGAGCCAGAGAUCAAAGGCGAGGAGGCUGUUGCACCACCGCUGGAACUGAAGAUUGCUUUAAAUAAAAGCAAGAAGGUUUUUUUCUUUUAAAAAGUCAUGAUGCAAGAAUCUGGGACGGAGGCGACGAGCAACGGAGCGGCCAUUCAGAACGGGGGCGCGGAGGGCGGCCCCAGGGAGGGGCGGCCCAAGAGCGCCACGCCGUUGGUGGAGGUGACCGCCGCUGACCUCCUGCAGUUCCAGCAGCACCAGGCUCUCCAAGUGGCACGCCAGAUACUCCUCCAGCAGCAACAACUACAACAACAACAACAACAGCAGCAGCAGUCACAGCAACUGCAGUCUCAACAAAACUCUGGCCGCAAGUCCCCCAAAGCCGUCGACAAGCAGCAAAGCCUCCAGGUUCCAGUUUCAGUGGCUAUGAUGACGCCUCAAGUGAUAACGCCACAGCAGAUGCAGCAAAUCCUUCAGCAGCAGGUCCUGAGCCCUCAGCAGCUCCAGGUUCUCCUCCAGCAGCAGCAGGCCCUCAUGUUACAGCAGCAGCAACUCCAAGAGUUUUACAAGAAGCAGCAGGAACAGCUUCACCUCCAGCUUUUACAGCAGCAGCCACAGCAGCAGCAGCAGCAGCAGCAGCAUGCAGUCAGCAAGCAGAGUAAAGAGCAGCAGGUGUCGGCGCAGCAGUUGGCCUUCCAGCAGCAGCUCCUGCAGGUCCAGCAGGUCCAGCAGCAGCAUCUGCUCAACCUUCAGAGGCAAGGGCUGCUCACAAUCCAGCCCGGACAGACCGGCCUGCCGCUGCACUCCCUCACUCAGGGCAUGAUUCCAGCCGAGCUGCAGCAACUGUGGAAGGAGGUGACGAAUGCUCACGUGAAGGAGGAGCAGCAGCAGCAGCACCACCACCACCACCACAACCACAACAACAACAACAACAGCAGCAUCAACAACGGCCACCGGGGCCUUGACCUGUCCUCCCCGGCACCGCCAAAGAACCCACUCCUCAACCAGCACGCCUCCACCAACGGGCAGUACAUGAGUCACAAGAGAGACGGAUCCACGCUAGAAGAGCAUUCCCCCCACAGUCACCCCCUCUACGGUCACGCGUUUUGCAAGUGGCCCGGAUGCGAGGCGGUGUUCGACGAUUUCUAUUCAUUCCUCAAGCAUCUUAACAAUGAGCACGCCCUGGAUGACAGGAGCACGGCCCAGUGUCGGGUGCAAAUGCAGGUCGUACAACAGCUGGAGCUGCAGCUAGCGAAAGACAAAGAGCGUCUGCAAGCCAUGAUGACGCACCUUCAUGUCAAGUCCACGGAGCCCAAAGCCACCCCGCAGCCGCUCAACUUGGUGUCCAGCAUCACGUUGUCCAAAUCGGCCCCCGGGGCCUCUCCCCCUCUGAGCCUGCCCCGGACCCCCACCACGCCCACAGCACCUCUCACACCCCUGUCCCAGACCCACUCCGUCAUCACAGCCAACAGCCUCCACAGCGUGGGGCCCAUGCGGCGGCGCUACUCCGAAAAGUACAACAUGCCCAUCUCUCCAGAUCUCAGUCAGAACAAAGAGUUUUACAUGAAUGCAGAGGUUAGACCGCCGUUCACGUACGCCUCACUAAUAAGACAGGCAAUCCUCGAAUCUCCAGAAAAGCAGCUAACACUAAACGAAAUCUACAACUGGUUCACACGAAUGUUUGCAUAUUUUAGGCGCAACGCGGCGACGUGGAAGAAUGCAGUCCGGCAUAAUCUUAGUCUUCACAAGUGUUUUGUGCGAGUAGAAAACGUAAAAGGGGCUGUGUGGACAGUCGACGAGCUAGAGUUCCAAAAGAGACGGCCUCAAAAGAUCAGCGGGAGUCCAACCUAGUGAAGAACAUUCAGACCAGCUUGGGCUAUGGUCCGACCCUCUACUGCUUGCCUUCCAGGUAACAAAA